AAUACAGAAUCAGCCUGGAGCUACUAACCCAGGUUAAAGGAGGGUUUGAAGCCCCCGUUUUUACCAUUUCAUUUUCUUUGGCCCAUCAUCGCUUGCGGCCUUGAUGUUUGGUACCGUAAGGGAAAGAGGGAACUGCACAAACCUUGGAUGUCUGACACGCAGACCGUGAUUUAGAAUUUAAAGCCCGGUCGAUCUCUCGGCUAUGAGUCUACUUUCCGAUUACGUGAAUGUGACUGAUCCCAGCUUUGUCCUGGCUGUUCUCUGCAUCGCUUUCAACCCAUUGUUCUGGAAUCUGGUCGCAAGAUGGGAGCACAAGACCCGGUCACUCACCCGCAUUUUCCGCUCUCCCUACGUAGCCUGUUACUUCCUCGGAGCUGUCAUCAUCUUGCUCAACUUUCUGCGGAGUCAUUGCUUCACAGAAGCGAUGAGGAGUCAGCCCAAGCUGCAGCUGCUGGAUUGUCGUUUGGGGUACUAUGCCAGCCUGACCCUCAUAGCAGUGGGCACCCUCUUGGUGACCUCCAGCUUCCUAGCACUGGGGUUUAUCGGGACAUUUUUAGGUGACUAUUUUGGCAUCCUUAUGGAGGCAAAGGUGACAUGCUUCCCGUUCAGUGUCUUGGACAAUCCUAUGUACUGGGGUAGCACCGCCAUCUAUUUCGGAUGGUCCCUCAUGAACGCCAGCCCAGUGGGUCUUGUCCUGACCAUGGUGGUGGCUCUGUGCUACACAAUUGCUUUGCUCUACGAAGGGCCUUUCACAGAAGAAAUCUAUCGCCAAAAGACACCCAAGCGUAAAUAAGGCCACAACAUCAGUUGCAAAGAUCCCCCAGUGCUGGGAUUGUGUGGACACAGAGCUGGCCUGCUGGUGGCCCCGAGAUGGGAUAAUUGGAUAGGGUGAGAGAAGUUCAGCCCGACUUCUAUGGCGUUCCUCAAACUCCUCAAUGAACACCCCCCACUUUUUGCAGCGGGAGUCACUGGAACAGGCAAUUCGGAGAGAGAAGACUUCCCACCUUCGCAAAGACUCAGGCCGAGGCCAGGCGCAGCAAGGAUGCUUUUGUUGACAAAUUCUGCUCCACCCCGGCUUUCAGCAGUUUCCAUUAGCUACGUAAUUCUGAAUGUUUUGAUUAUAGGCUGGAAAGCAUCAGAAAGGUGGAACAGGCAGGAGACCUGAGGGGUUUAUAUAACUGGAACUGUGCACAGAACACAUACAAAGAGAAAUUUAAAAAAUGAAAAAGCACAGAGCAUAUACAUUCCUUUACAGGAGAACAAAGCCAUAAGGGUGCAUAGGUGCUGAUGCUACUGCCAGCAAUCGUGGGAAAAUGGGAUUGGAUGCCUCAGUCUGGAGGCACGGACUACAUGUGAACGUGCGGCAUCUACAUUCGUACAAUAUACAUAACCUGGGAACUGAAUUAAUCCAUUUUCUGGAUUGGCACCAUGCAUUAAAUCUUAAACUCACCAGAAGGCUGGCAUCAUUCAACAUGCAAAGCCAUAAACAAAUCCCAGCCAAGGUGAGCACAAAUCAAGGCUAGCAUGCUUUUAUGAAGACACCUCCUUAGUCUUUACCUGACCUUAAGUAGAUGGUGUGAACACAGCCAGUCCUUCAGCUUUUUUUGUAUUGCCUCAUGGAGGCUCCAAGAUGACCUCCUCUCUGCUGAUUCUGCCAGAGGAUCCAGUGUGUCCCAGCUGGACUUCUCACAAGCUGUAUUGUACUUUAGCAUUUUCCACAGCUUAAACCCAAAACACAUCAUCAGAACAGGCACGUGAAGUAGUUUUUGUCAAGCAGUACCAUUCAUACAAUUGAACAGGACUGCUCUUUAAACAAAAUGAAGAUUCCCUCUGCAUAGCCAGUUAUGUCAGGGAGAAGACCAGACCCAAAGUUCUCCAGAACGUGCUAGAAAACAGUACAUUUUCUUUAUAUCCUCCCCCAUCCCUAAACUGAAAUAGUACACCCUUUUGAAAGCUUCAUCAAAUGACUUUUCAGUUUUGGGGUUUCAGUUCUGGGUUAUGCCCCAUUUGUUUGCAAUCAUUGCCUUUUCUCUUUGCGUUGUGAUGUCUUAACUUCCGAAAGCAUCUUCUUAGCUUCUGCACCUCAACCCAGAUGGUCUGGUUUUCUCAACAACAUUGAUAGACUUUUGCAGCAGAAGUGGCUGCAACUGGUUUAGUUGCUAUGAUGUCGCAGAGUAUAUUAGACUUUGAAGGCUCAGGUAACAUGGGUAACCGUAAGCAUCAAAGUAUUGUUUUAGCUGCCGUGAGCUUUACUCAUACAUGUAGGAAUAGACCAGACUCAGUGGUAUGAUUGAUUAAUCCUGAGUAAUCAUCUCUGGAAAAGGAACAAGAACAGCAGUAUUUCUCCACCCCUUGAAUAGUGUGAGGAUUUUGUCACACAUUUCUCACCCUCGCCCAUUUUUCAUCUGCCCAAACUUUUCACCCAUAUUUUCCAUCUACCCAGACUCCGAAGUCAGUUGUUCUUUGGAUGAAGUGGACAUCUUCUGACCGGAUUCUGAGAAACGUUGUAGGUCACAUCUGUGAUGGCAUGGUUUCUCUAACAGCUUUCCUGAAGAGGUGCCUCAUUUGUGUCUGUCUAAAUACCUUGCAGAUACUUUUCAGAAAAUCUCUGAAACCCUUUGAAGCUCAAAGAAUGGAAAGUCGUCAGCUGAACCUAGCAUUUUCACAGGGUUCUCUUUUAUGUGCUAUAAAUUCCUUUCUUUUUUUUCUCCCUGUUUGUUCUUGGUUGCUAUCCUAUCAGUUUUUGCUUCUCCCGCCCACCACGAAAACAUUGUAAAUUCCUCUCACCUCCCAUUGUUUUCAAGUUCUUCCAAACAAUCUCUGAUACCAACUUCUGACAAUUAUAUGAAUUCCUUCCAUAUCUUACCACCACCACCACCACCUUAGGCCCUGUCCUUUGUAAGUUUGAAUGAUCUGAGCCAGCGGGAGCUUAAAGAGAGAUGGCUUAACCAUUAUGUGGAGCCCACAAUGGGACAAGGUAUGUUUGGGCUACAUGUUGUAGGGAAUUUAUGUCCUUAUUUUUCACUGUGUCCAUAAGAGUUGCAACUGAAGCGCCUGCAUAUGAAAUACCACUCAGAAAUAAAUUUAAAAAGAGAAGCA